GACUGGCCAUCUGGGAUUCGUCCUGGGAUUAACAGCUCGGAUUAAAGUGGCCGUCUAGAAACUUCUAACCUAAUCCCACCAUCUGUCAGAGAGCAGCCGACCUGCCAAGACUCCCACUGCUGGCCCAGUCGCUUGGGACUGUGAGAAGUCAACCCAACAAUAAAGAUGGAGGAGGCCUAUCUUCUGAACCAUCCGGGGGUCAAGAAGAAGAUCCUGGUCGGAGGGAGAGGAGCCCUGCCUCACUUUCCACCUGGGACCAAGCUGGUGUUCAACUUCCAGACUCUUCUCGACAACUUUGAGCGGACGGUCAUCGACGACAGCCGACUUGCCGGGCGGCCAGCUGAGAUUUUUGUGGGGAAGAUGUUCAAAAUGGAGGUGUGGGAGACUCUGCUGACCUCCAUGAGGGUCGGAGAGGUGGCCGAGUUCUGGUGCGACGCCAUUCACACAGGGCUGUACCCCAUGGUGUCCAAGGGGAUGCGACUGAUUGCCCAGGGGAGGGAUCCCCUGGAGGGCCAGAGGCACAUGUGUGGCAUGGGGAACCUCUUUCACUACCACUCCACUGGCUUCCCGGAGCUGGACGAGCUGAUGAGGACGCCGCAGCCGCUCAUUUUCAUCAUGGAGCUGCUGCAGGUUGGAGACCCCAUGUCGUACCAACGAGAGUCCUGGAUGAUGGACAAAGAUGAGAAGCUGGAGAACGUCCCGAUCCUCCACUCGCAGGGCAACUCUCUGGUCAAGCAGCGGCGCUUCAGCGAGGCCGCCAGCAAGUACAAAGAGGCUGUGCUGCUGCUGAAAACCAUCCAGUCCAGGGAGAUGCCUGGAGAUGUGGACUACAUUAACUUGGGUCGGAUGAUUGUCCCCCUGGAGUUGAACUACUGCCAGUGCAUGUUGGAAAUGGAGGAGUAUUACGAGGUGAUCGAACACACCACCGAGCUGCUGGAGAAACAUAACGACUGUGUGAAAGGCUACUACAAGCGGGCCAAAGCUCACGCUGCGGUGUGGAACGAGAAAGAAGCCAGGAGAGACUUCAACAUGGUGGCGCACCUGGACGUAACCCUGGCAUCGCUCGUCCACCGGGAGCUGAAGCACUUGUCGGAGCGGAUGAAGGAAAAGUACUGGGAGGAGAAGGAAGCCUACUGGAACAAGCUGGGGAGGAAGGAGGGCGAACACAUUGAAAAGGAGGAUGAAGACGGCGAUGAGGAUUUCAAAGAGCCCAGUGAUGUAGCCGACGGCGUGGCGAGGAUCUCGCUGGCUGAAGGAAAUAAUGAGGGUGAGAUCAAGCAGGACUGCUCUGCUGAGAAGGAAGGGAAAGACUGGCAGCAGAUGUUACGGCUGGUCAUGCUGCUGCAGGAGGAAGGAAACUUCCUGGUGAAAGAAAGACUCUUUCAGGAAGCUUCCAGCAAGUUCCAGGAGGCCAUCGAUUACGUGGAUCAUCUCCAGAAGGAGCAGGUUGAUCAGCAUGGAGACGACUGGAAGUCUCUGGAAAAGGUUCGACUCCCACUGACUCUCAACCUCAGCCAGUGCUUGUUGGAGCUGAAGAACUUUGAACAAGUGGUGGAGCUCAAUGACAAGCUGCUCAAGACGCACAGAGGCAACUUCAAAGCUGUGUACCAGCGUGCGAAAGCUCAUGUAGCUUUGUGCAACGAGGACGAGGCUAAAAGAGAUUUAGCCCGAGUGGAAAAACUGGACCCAAAGUUCAAACCGUUUGUGCGUCAGGAGCUGAAGAAGAUGGGAGAGUGUUUGCGGAGCCGUCAUGCCAACCAAAAAAAGACUUACUGGGAUACCACACAAGAGAAAUGGGGACCUGGUGGAAGCAAAGAAAGGAAAAAGCUCCACAAAUUUGCACCAAAUCCCAGUGUAACACAAACCACAGCGUCAGAGCCGGAGAGUCAGGAGAGCUGCUCGAAGAAAUCCUCCCCCACUGAGAUGGAAGAUGUGGGGGAUGUGGAAAAAGACACAGGUGUCAUAGAAAGUAAGAGCGUCCAGGAGAAGACAAGUGAAGAGGAGAUCGCUGCAGCUGCGGAGGAGCAGCCUGAUCAUCAUGGUGAUGUGAACCGGAGAGCGGAGUGUGUCUAGGCCCAGAGAGAAGUCAAACAACACAUCACACGGGAAGGAACAUGGACGGCUGCGAGGUUACAACAAGACGGGAUGCGAUUGGAGUCAAAGGUCACCAGAGAGCUGAGCCGACUGUCCCGUACUCUGCUGCCUCAGUGAAGUUAGAGAUACAUCCUAAGAAUAUUGCUGUAGAAGGUGAUGAGGGAAGAUCAUCAUCAAUAGCAGUGUAAUAACAUGUGUAAUUCUACAUGCAGUGAAACCUAGUUUGCAUGAAAACUUCCCCAAUAGUUUGUUGUGCCAGUUCUGAGUGAAUAAAUGGUGAGCGCAGAUAAAUGAAGCAGCAGGAUUUCAGUGUUUACUGGCAUGUUUUCCAAAGAUAAAACAUCGGAGUCUUUCUUUCAUCUUUUUUUUGGUUUUAUUUUGGGUCUUUGUAAACCGUCUAAUGGGGCCGCAAUGUUUGAGUGAAGCAUGGUGCAACAUGAAUCACCACUUGUUUUCCAAUACGUGUUUUUGGAUCCACAAGCAAAAUAAAUGUAAAACACAACAGCAAAUUACGGUAUUAGUGGGAGAAAAAGUCUGGAGUCAUGAGGUCAUUUUUAAUUGCUCCAUUAGGACACCAAACAGUGUCUCGACCGCC